GAUGGGGCGGGACCGGGGGGGGGGUAGACGGAUGGAUUUUGCAGCCAAUCAGCGGUGGGAGAGGGUCAGGCAUGGCAGAUCGGCUUCCGGUUCCGGUGGGGCGCCGAGUUCAGAGCUCUGAAAGGCCCGCGAUGCCCCUGCACAAGUACCCCGUGGGGCUCUGGAAGCGGCUGCAGCUGCGGCAGGGCAUCUGUGCCCGCCUGCCCAAGCACUUCCUGCGCUCCCUGGAGGAGGAGCGGACGCCCACUCCCGUGCACUAUAGGCCCCAUGGAGCCAAGUUCAAGAUCAACCCCAAGAACGGUCAGUGGGAGCGUGUGGAAGACGUGCCCAUACCCAUCUACUUUCCCCGCGAGUCCCAGCGGGGGCUGUGGGGCGGUGAGGGCUGGAUCCAGGGACAAAGAUACGCCAACAACGACAAGCUCUCCAAGAGGCUAAAGAAGGUGUGGAAGCCACAGCUGUUUGAUCGAGAGCUCUACAGCGAGAUCCUGGACAAGAAGUUCACCGUGACCGUGACCAUGCGGACUCUGGACCUCAUCGACGAGGCCUAUGGGUUCGACUUUUACAUCCUCAAGACCCCGAAGGAGGACCUGUGCUCCAAGUUUGGGAUGGACCUGAAGCGGGGCAUGCUGCUUCGGCUUGCCCGGCAAGACCCCCAGCUGCACCCGGAGGACCCCGAACGGCGGGCGGCCAUCUAUGACAAGUACAAGGAAUUUGUCAUCCCAGAGGAGGAGGCAGAGUGGGUGGGCCUCACGCUGGAGGAGGCUAUUGAGAAGCAGAGACUUCUGGAGGAGAAGGACCCUGUACCCCUGUUCAAGAUCUACGCGGAGGAGCUGCUCCAGCGGCUGCAGCGGCAGGCACUAUCAGAGCCAAUGCUGGUGCAGAAGAGAGCCAGUGGCCAGUGAGCGCACAGCCCCUCCGUGCCUGGCCUCCAGGCUCAGCCUUCCUCGCCAGGCCUUUUGCACUGAGGAUACAGAUUCUGGGGGGCAGUGAGGGCCACCAGUGGGUGGAUCCUGCGGCUUCCAGCCUGGGGCCGCCUUGGCAGGGAUCCCCAGGAGGCCCUCCCAGGGGCCCACGCUCGGGCAGUGCUCCUUGUGCCCGUGAGGCCGGGAGCGAGUAAAGUCUGGGCCAGGCUGCA